AUGGGUUUUUGGGACGGAGACCACAAAGACUUUGGUAUUACAGUCUGCGUCUUCCAAAAUGAGCACCUACGAUGUGCCAAGUAUUCAUUGGAAACUCUGGCGCGGCUGGCGGGCGCCGAGCCCCCUCAGCCUCCGGAGGGCGGCUGGGGCUGGCUGGUGAUGCUGGCGGCCAUGUGGUGCAACGGGUCGGUGUUCGGCAUCCAGAACGCCUGCGGGGUGCUCUUCGUGUCCAUGCUGAAGACCUUCGGGUCCGCGGAAGAUAACCAGAUGAUCUUCAAGACAGCAUGGGUAAGUUCUCUCUCCAUAGGGAUGAUUUUCUUUUGCUGCCCAAUAGUCAGUGUCUUCACAGACAUAUUUGGUUGUCGGAAAACAGCUACUGUGGGUGCUGCUAUUGGAUUCGUUGGACUCAUGUCUAGUUCUUUUGUAAGUUCCAUCGAACCCCUAUACUUUACCUAUGGAAUCAUAUUUGCCUGUGGCUGCUCCUUUGCGUACCAGCCUUCAUUGGUCAUUCUGGGAUACUAUUUCAAGAAGCGCCUUGGACUAGUGAAUGGCAUUGUCACCGCUGGCAGCAGUAUCUUCACAGUUUUGCUGCCUUUCUUUUUGAGGGUUCUGAUCGACAACGUGGGCCUCUUUCACACACUGCGAGUGCUCUGCAUCUUCAUGUUUGUUCUUUUUCUGGCUGGCUUUACUUACCGACCUCUUGCUACCAGUGUCAAAGAAAAAGACAGUGGAACCAAAGGAGGCAACAGAUUCCCCCUCUUUUCUAGAAAGUUCAGUCCUCCAGGAAAAAUUUUCAAUUUUGCUGUCUUCAAGGUGACAGCGUACGCCGUGUGGGCAGUUGGAAUUCCCCUUGCGCUUUUCGGAUACUUUGUGCCUUAUGUUCACUUGAUGAAACAUGUGAAUGAAAGGUUUCAAGAUGAAAACAAUAAAGAGGUGGUCCUCAUGUGCAUUGGCAUCACGUCAGGGGUUGGGCGGCUGCUCUUUGGCCGGAUUGCAGACUAUGUGCCUGGUGUGAAGAAGGUUUAUCUACAGGUAGUCUCCUUUUUCUUCAUUGGUCUGAUGUCCAUGAUGAUUCCCCUGUGUAGUGUCUUUGGGGCCCUCAUAGCUGUCUGUCUCAUCAUGGGCCUCUUCGAUGGAUGCUUCAUUUCCAUUAUGGCCCCCACUGCCUUUGAGUUAGUUGGUGCCCAGGAUGUCUCCCAAGCAAUUGGAUUUCUGCUCGGAUUCAUGUCUAUACCCAUGACUGUGGGCCCACCCAUUGCAGGUAUGUAAUGAUUCCCCAGUAAUAAAUUCAUAGCAUUUUCUACUACAGGUCCUAAGUCUCAUUUAUAUGUAAAAUAUAAUUUAUUGGUUACCUGUGUUUCAUUUUUGUGUGUACCUUACCUGUAAUAUUUUUAAUAAGGCCAGCUGUAGAUGGUAUGUUGAAAUAGGUUUGCUGAGGAGUCCCUCUUAUCCUUACUAUUAUCUAAAACACUUAAUAAAAUGUGUAACAGUACUGGGCUUUAAGCUUUCAUAAUUCUUAAAUUUCACUCAGUGUUUUUGGAGGAAUGGGAACAUUAUUUCUUUUUAGAAAGAGAUGAAGAUUCUGUCAAAAUAUGUAUACUUUGUAUAAGAGAUCAUAUUCCCCUGAGAAACAGUUAAUGAAAAAUAGCAUUUAGUGGAAACAACCCAAAAGUCUAUUAGCAGAUGAAUAAACAAAAUGUGGUAUAGCCGUACAAUGGAAUAUUAUUCAGCCAUAAAAAGGAAUGAAGUACUAUGGCAUGCUACCAGGUGGAUGAAUCUUGAGAAGAAGCCAAAUAUAAAAUGUCACAUGUUGCAUGAUUCCAUUUAUUUGAAAUACCCAGAAUAGGUAAAUCUGCAGGGACAGAGAACAGAGUGGUGAUAGGUUGCCAGGGGUUGGAGGGAAGGAGGAUUAAGGAGUAACUGCUUAAUGGGCAUGGAGUUUCCUUCUGGUGUGAUGAAAAUAUUUUGGAACUAGAUAUAGGUGGUAGUUGCACAACACAGUGAAUGUACUAAAUGCCACUAAAAUGGUUAAUUUUAUGUUAUGUGAGUUUCACCUUUAGAAAUUUUCUGAUAGUAUAAAGAUGUCUCAUGUCCAGUAUUACUUGGGUGCCAGUGUGAAUUAUUAUAAGAAAAUUUGAUAAAGUUAUAAAAUUUAAAUGUAUGUACUAUCAUCUGUGUAUGGCACGUGAGAGGCUCAGUUAAAGUUAGCUCAAUUCAUUCUCAUAUCCAGAACCACACAUAUCUAGCAACUUUGCCAAUUGGGAAACUAGUCAUGAAUCAAGCAAGCAGAGUCACUACUGCACA